AUGGACGAACUUCUCAAUAUUCCAGCAGCAGUGAAUUUUGAUGAGUCUAUAGCUCAUUAUGAAAUUCAUGCUCAUCAACCGUAUGCUUCUUCAUCUUUUAACAAUAGUGAUGAAAUUCGCAUCGCAGUACAACAUCAAGACUUGUGCAUUUUGCCUAGUAAAAGUUCAUUACAUAUUUUUGGCAGAUUAGCUAAAAACGAUGGAAUUACUCUUACGGAAAACGUGAAUUUAAGUAAUAAUGCUCUGAGUCGGCAUGUUGCUGCCCCCAAGCGACGAGCUGAUGCAAUACUUGUAUUGGAAAAUGGCUAUUUUCAUUUCACUAUACUACUCAGCAUGAUUUUUGGUUUUGCCAAAGAUUAUAAAAAAAUCGUCAUGAACGCUAAACAUGAACUUAUUUUAACAAGAGCACGUUCUGACAAGAAUGCUAUAUUUCAAACAGGACAAGGAGGUGAUGAAGAAUUUAAAAUUUUCAUCAAUAAAAUUGAAUGGAUGGUUCCAUACGUUCUACCUGCAGAUAAUAAUAAAAUAAAACUAUUAAAAUUUAUUGAAAAGGAUCCAUUAGUUUCAAACAGCAAGAAAAGAUAA